AUGCUCUUUGGCAUCGGGAUGGCGGUGCUACUGGUGGUUGGGUUUGUGGUAGGCGCCAUCGGCUCGCGCAUGUUUGGCGGCGAGACGGGCCAACCUUUUGUCCCGCAACCCGAAAUCCACCUGCCCCCGCAGCCCAUUUUCCCGAAAACGCUUCGUUACAGCGCGUUGGGGCUGGAGGUGGGGUCGGGCGAUGCCGCCCACGCCGAGCCGGAGCGAACAGAAUCGACCGGCGCCGAGUCCAGCAGCAUGGAAGCCGACCACGCUGAUGAAGAAGCCCACGGUGAACCGCUGGGCAUCAUGCAGUUUGCCGUUACCAACACGCUAAUGUCAGCCUGGCUGGUGAGCCUGGUUAUGCUGAUGUUCUUUAUCGGUGCGGCACGCAAACCGAAGGUAGUACCCAGCCGCCUGCAGGCCCUGGUGGAGAUAAUCUUUGAAGGGGUGCUCAGUUUCUCGGUGAGCAUUCUGGGCCCCACCAUGGCCCGCCGGACAUUCCCCAUCGUGGCCACCAUCUUCUUUUUUGUGCUGUUCAACGCGUGGCUGGCCAUUUUCCUGAUUCCCAUUUACCAGGCAAUCGGCUAUGGGGUUGGCGGCGAUCACGGCUUUGAAAUCAAGGCGCACCUGCUGCGUCCCGCUGGCACCGACCUGAACCUGCCGCUGGCGCUGGCGCUGAUAUCGUUUGUUUUCGUAGAAUACUGGGGUUUUCGCACCCACAGUUUUGGUUACCUCAAAAAGUUCUUCGCCUUCGGCGAUAUUCUUCGAGGGAGGCCGUCUGGAAUAAUCAACGUGUUUGUGGGUCUCCUGGAGUUGAUCUCCGAGAUGGUGCGAAUCGUUUCGUUCACGUUCCGGCUGUUUGGAAAUAUGACGGCUGGCGAGAUUCUGGUGGUGAUGAUCACCUUCCUGGUGCCGUUCGUGGCGACGCAGUUCGUAUUCGGUCUGGAGUUGCUGGUGGGCCUGGUCCAGUCGGUUAUCUUCGCCGGAUUGACACUCAUAUUCCUGUCGGUUGCGGUUAGCCACGAGGAGCAUUAG